GAUAGUCAACGUGAAGCUGUUGAGUUGCAAAUUGCAAUGUCAUUAUAUUUCAAUGGAAGGAUAAAAUAAAAAAAUAAAAAAUAAAACGGCCCCUUAAAAACAGCAAAAGUUUUCCGGGUGUUAAGCCUGCUAUAUAAAAGAAAGUAGUACAAACUUCCUUCUUUAGACUGAAAUCACAUAUUCACAUAUUUUUGUAUUUCUACAACAUCAUCAUCUGAUCGGUUCCUGAAUCGUAAUUUCUGUUUGUUUAGAUUAUAAGACCCGGUCGCUAUGAAAGAAAAUAAUGAUAAUAAUAAGAAGAAGAAAGGAUCCAUAUGGACCAUUUUUAUGCAUGCCGACACCGUUGAUUUGGUGUUGAUGAUCUUAGGCUUCAUCGGAGCCGUAGGUGAUGGAUUAACAUUGCCGUUGACAUUGGUAGUAACAAGUAAGUUAAUGAAUAAUAUUGGUGGUGUUUCCAAUCUCAACGACCACAAUGCCUUCACUUCUCAUAUCAAUCAGAAUGCAGCAGUUUUAUGUAUCGUGGCAGCAGGAGCGUGGGUUUUUUCAUUCUUUGAAGGAUAUUGCUGGACAAGGACAGCGGAAAGACAAGCCGCCAGGAUGAGAUACCGAUACUUAAAAGCAGUGCUUAGGCAAGAUGUUGGUUAUUUUGAUUUGCAUGUUGAUAGUACCUCUCAAGUCAUCAUUAGUGUUUCUAGUGAUAGCCUCACCGUUCAAGAUGUUAUUAGUGAAAAGGUGCCAAAUUUUGUGAUGAACACAUCAACAUUCAUUGGAAGCUAUGUAGCAGCCUUUAUCUUACUAUGGAAGCUAGCACUAGUGGGAUUUCCCUUUGUAAUACUCCUAAUCAUUCCGGGGUUGCUCUACGGAAGAAUACUGAUGGGGCUAGCUAGAAAGCUUACUCUUGAAUACAACAAGGCUGGAAGUGUAGCAGAACAGGCUAUCUCUUCUAUUAGAACAGUAUAUGCCUUUGUAGGAGAAAGUAAAACAAUGGAGAAAUUUUCAGCUGCAUUGGAAGGAUCAGUUAAGUUGGGACUUAAGCAAGGUUUGGCUAAGGGUGUGGCUAUUGGUAGCAAUGGCGUUAGUUUCGCUGUUUGGGCAUUUUCGACUUGGUAUGGGAGUAAGCUUGUGAUGUACCAUGGUGCUCAAGGUGGUACUGUUUUUGUUGUGGGUGCUGCCCUCUCUGUGGGUGGACUAGCACUUGGGUCUGGUCUAUCAAACAUCAAGUACUUUUCCGAAGCUGCUUCAGCUGGAGAAAAAAUAAUGCAAGUGAUAAAAAGGAUUCCAGAAAUUGAUUCCGAGAAUAUGGACGGACUAAUCUUAGAAAAUAUUUCGGGAGAAGUUGAGUUCAAGCAUGUCGAUUUUGCUUACCCUUCAAGACCAAAUUCUAUAAUAUUCCAAGACUUUUCCCUGCAAGUUCCAGCAGGGAAAACCGUAGCAUUAGUAGGGGGAAGUGGUUCGGGAAAAUCUACAGUAGUUGCCUUACUUCAAAGAUUUUAUAAUCCACUAAGUGGAGAAAUCCUUUUAGAUGGAGUGUGUAUUGAUAAGCUGCAACUAAAGUGGUUAAGAUCACAAAUGGGGUUAGUGAGUCAAGAACCUGCACUUUUUGCAACUACUAUUAAGGAGAACAUACUUUUUGGUAAAGAAGAUGCUACCAUGGAGGAAGUUGUUGAAGCUGCUAAAGCAUCUAAUGCUCACAAUUUUAUCACCCAGUUGCCUUUGGGCUAUGAUACUCAGGUUGGUGAAAGAGGAAUCCAAAUGUCAGGAGGACAAAAGCAAAGAAUAGCAAUAGCUAGAGCCAUCAUUAAGAAACCGCGCAUUCUCCUCCUUGAUGAGGCAACUAGCGCAUUAGACUCGGAAUCUGAGCGAGUUGUCCAAGAAGCCCUUGACAAGGCUGCUGUUGGACGAACCACAAUAGUCAUCGCCCAUCGUCUCUCUACUAUCAGGAAUGCAGACACCAUUGCUGUCAUCCAAAAUGGCCAGGUGAUGGAAACAGGAUCCCACGAUGGGUUGAUUCAGCGUGAAGAUGGGUUGUACACUUCACUAGUCCACUUACAACAGAUGGAAAAAACAAAGGAUGAAAGAACUAGUAUAGUGUCAUACCCUUCAUCAUCUAACUCCUCGAUUUUCAACAACCUUGAUAUGAAAUAUAGCACGAGCAGUCGUAGACAGUCGUUAGUGAGCCGUUCAAGUUCAGCUAACUCAGUGCGAUCAGUACAAGAUGAGCCUGCAGACAGCGAGCUGAAGGGUGAAGAGAAGUUGCCUGUACCAUCAUUUAAAAGAUUGUUGGCUUUGAAUAUUCCUGAGUGGAAACAAGCUGCUUUGGGAUGUUUUGGUGCUACGUUAUUCGGGGCAGUGCAACCAGCUUAUGCAUUUGCAAUGGGGUCUAUGAUUUCUGUGUAUUUCUUGAAAGAUAACGAAGAAAUUAAGAGGCAAACAACAAUUUAUGCUUCAUGUUUCUUGGGUUUGGCUGUGUUUUCGUUGUUAGUGAAUAUUCUUCAGCAUUACCAUUUUGCAUACAUGGGAGAAUUUUUGACUAAGAGGGUACGUGAAAUGAUGCUGUCUAGGAUGCUUACGUUUGAGGUUGGGUGGUUUGAUCGCGACGAAAAUGGUACUGGAACUAUUUGCUCGAGACUAGCCAAAGACGCCAAUGUUGUAAGAUCGUUGGUGGGAGAUCGAAUGGCUCUUGUAGUUCAAACUAUUUCAGCAGUGGUAAUUGCAUUCACAAUGGGUUUAAUUAUUGCUUGGAGGUUAGCCAUUGUAAUGAUAGCAAUUCAACCCAUCAUCAUUGUCUGUUUCUACACAAGACGUGUUCUACUUAAAAAUAUGUCCAAGAAGGCAAUCAAAGCCCAAAAUGAAAGCAGUAAUCUGGCUGCUGAAGCUGUAUCAAAUCUCCGAACCGUCACAGCUUUCUCAUCCCAGGCUCGUAUUCUUGCCAUGCUCGAGAAAGCCCAAGAAGGCCCUCGAAGAGAAAGUAUUCGACAAUCCUGGUAUGCCGGUAUUGGGCUGGGUACUUCUCAGAGUAUUAACAUAUGUGCUUGGGCCCUGGACUUUUGGUAUGGUGGUAAACUCAUUGCUCAAGGUUACCUCACGGCUAAGGAAUUGUUCGAGACUUUCAUGAUACUAGUGAGCACAGGCCGUGUGAUAGCUGAUGCUGGCAGCAUGACUACUGAUCUUGCUAAAGGUGCAGAGGCUGUAGGGUCUGUUUUUGCUGUCCUAGACCGUGUCACUCAGAUUGAUCCUGAUAACCCCGAGGGGUAUGUACCACAAAAAAUAAGCGGUCAUAUUGAGAUCCGAGAUGUAGACUUCUCGUAUCCUACUAGGCUUGAUGUGGUGAUAUUCAAGGGCUUCUCAAUCAACAUUGAAGCCGGUAGAUCAACUGCUCUAGUGGGUCAGAGUGGUUCAGGUAAGUCGACAAUUAUUGGACUGAUUGAAAGGUUUUACGAUCCUCAGAAAGGGUGUGUGAAAAUAGAUGGACGUGAUAUACGAACAUACAAUCUUAGGUCUCUAAGGAAGCAUAUAGCUCUAGUGAGCCAAGAACCUACAUUAUUUGCGGGUACAGUAAGGGAGAACAUAAGUUACGGAGCAAGUGAAGACAUUGACGAAUCAGAGAUAAUAGAAGCUGCAAAGGCAGCCAAUGCGCACGAUUUCAUAUCAGGACUAAAAGACGGAUAUGAUACAUGGUGUGGAGAUAGAGGUGUGCAAUUGUCGGGUGGACAAAAGCAAAGAAUAGCAAUUGCACGGGCUAUUUUGAGAAACCCCGCGGUGCUGUUGCUAGAUGAGGCAACAAGUGCACUCGACAGCCAGUCGGAAAAGAUUGUGCAAGAUGCACUCGAAAGAGUAAUGGUUGGCAGGACUAGUGUGGUAGUGGCACAUAGGUUGAGCACCAUACAAAACUGUGAUCUCAUCGCAGUGUUGGAUAAAGGAAAAGUUGUUGAAAAAGGAACACAUUCCUCUCUUUUGGGUAUUGGACCAAAAGGAGCUUAUUAUUCAUUAGUGAAUCUUCAAAGAACUCAUUCUACUAGCAUAGAAAAUUAGGUAUGUAAUACUCCUAUUUGAUUGCUUUAUUAAAAUGCAAUUCUACAGUAAUAGUAAUUAUCAAGCUUCUUGAUGAGGACUAAGUGUUUAAUGAUAUAUAUAGAAAACUUUUGCCUAUUACGCUUACGCAUAUAAUAUUUAUGUGCAAGUUCUUUUGUACAACGUUUUGUAAAUGACAAAGUGGAGUAUCUGUGUUUUGUUGGUAAUUUGAAUACUAGAAACAAGACAGUGCUCCUUAAUUUCAAUUUUCUACGUUGUUUAUUUCUA